AUGCCCAAACGUACUUAUCAGCCCAAAAAACGACGCCGCGCCCGCGUGCACGGCUUCCGUUCCCGUUCCCGUACGUCUGACGGUCGCGCGGUUUUGAGCCGCCGCCGUUUCAAGGGUCGGCAUCGGCUGGCCGUCUAG